GUGAGGAGAUAAGAUUUCCUCGGAAAUGCCGAUUGAUAACAGGGCAGGGAGAGAUACUGCAGGGGAGACGCACGCUCGGGAGGAAUUAACAGAGGAAUUACCACGCAGUUGGCCACGACGUUUCCUCCGGUGCGAACAACAACAACGACGACGACAACGGACGAACAUUAAUAGCGCGCGUGACUCGAGUGAACCCGAGUGACUGAUCUGAUCCGAUUUUUCCCGGGUCUUUCAAUCUUGCUCGAUCCAACUCCGGAGCUUCCUGGUUUUUCAAAAACUAUCGCAGAGAUUAAGAUGUACUAAGAAGACAAAUUAUGGUGGCAGAGUUUGUCUCCCGCCAGAGUGGAUCGCCCAUCAAUGGUGAGACCGCGUGUCUGAACAGCAACAUGCCGGCCACGCACACAAUGGCCCACAGUGGUGGUCACGGUGCACCCCAUGGCGGGCCUCACGACGCCCAUGGACCCCUCACGGUGCCCCUCACGCAUCCCGGCCAUCACGGUGGACCCCCGUCUGCGAUUCAGCAGCAGCAUCAGCACCAACCGCAACAGCAAGGACCACCGCCGCAGCAGCAGCAGCAGCAGCAGCCCCAACCGCACCAUCACCACCACCACCAGGCCCAGCAGCCGCAACCACAGCAGCAACAGCAGCAGCAGGAGCAGCAGCAGCAGCAUCAUCAUCAUCAUCAUCAUGAUGCGGCGCAGGUAACGACGCAUCCCGAAAACUUCCCGUCCAAUUUCGACCUACGAAAGGAGCUAUUCUCACAGCGUAAGCAGCGCGAGUUCAUCCCCGACAACAAGAAGGAUGACAGCUACUGGGACCGUCGCAGACGCAACAACGAGGCAGCCAAGCGGUCACGUGAGAAGCGUCGCUUCAACGACAUGGUCCUGGAGCAACGGGUGAUGGAGCUCAGCAAGGAGAACCACAUCCUCAAGGCGCAGCUGGAGGCGAUACGCGACAAGUUUGGUAUCUGCGGCGAGUCCGUCAUCAGCACGGAGCACGUGUUGGCCGCGCUGCCCACGGAGCCCACGAUGAGUGUGAAGCGUGCGAAGAUACCUCCGUCGACGUCGCUUCUUUACGCGCGCAGUCCCAGCCCGGUGCACACGUCGGUGAUCCAUCAGCCGGUGAGCGGCGCCCGUUCACCCAGAUCGCCGGCCCAGCUCUACGUUCCCGAGACAACCGCUUACCCGGAGACCGAGAGCUUCCAGUACCCGUACUCUCAUCCGGCGAUGCAUCACCUGGACACCACGAGCGCGCUGAACUUGUCGUCGCGCGGCCGCCGGGCACAGUCGCCGUUCGAGCUGUCGUCUGGUAGCGGUGACGAGGCCGGUCCCCAGAUGGUUGUGGGCUCCCAGAAUAACCCGGCCGCCAACAACAGUCUGCCCCACAAACUCAGGCACAAGUCGCGCAUCGGCGACAAAGACGCCGCGAGCGCGUUGCUCGCACUUCAGGGCAUCAAGCAGGAACCUGGACCGCGAGCGUCGCCACCCUGGGACGAGGGUUCCAGCGACGAGCGCGAUUCCGGUAUCUCGUUGGGCGCCGAGUGGACCGGUCCGACCGUCACCACGGUCUCGGAGAGCGAUCGGGAGGUGAAGAUGAAGCUGGACCGUCUCGCGUCCGAGGUCGCGUCUCUGCAAUCGAUAUUCCGCCUUGGUAAGCCCGUCGCAGCAGCGACGGCUGGCGCGGCGGCGGACGGCCUGGUGACGGGUCAUUCCGCCGCCACGGUCAGCGGACCGUGAAGGACAUGGUCUCCCUUCUUCUACGGGUCACUGCGAGUCCUCCUCCCCUGGCCGGAUGCCGGAGUCCCUGGAAAUUGGACGUGGAGCCGUCGUCUGGAGGACGCGUGGGAAGGACAAGGGAGCCUUGGACCGUCGAGUUUGAUCGCACCGAGCUGGACAUCGUAUUCGCAAUCGAGCGUAAAGGAUUCUAUAAAUUCGCGCGAUUAUUUAAAGGAUGAAGAGCGUGCGAAGCUAGCUUUCACGGUGCCGGUGCAACGGGAGUAGAUCCGUAGCGGUCGCUUUGAAAUAAGAUAGAAUACUCGCGAGUCUCUCGUGAAUGAUUUGCGAUUACCAAUCGCUAUCUGAUCUGCUCGUUGCAUAAGGGUUGUCGAUAACUGGAAGACGCAACAAGACGCUCUCGUCUCACUGCAUCCACGGAAAACGCUUUAAUCCUUCAACCCGUAGAUUUUACCUCCGAGGGUUCCUCUUCGAUGAAACUUAUAACUUAUUGUGAUACGCGAGAGACCGUUUAAACGCCGUUUUGGCGAGUCCUAUCUUUAGGUAGACUCAACGGCUACCGGUCGAAGGGUUAAAGGCGUUCUUCACACGGAAAGAACGGUUUUAU